AUGGAUUCGUAUCUCUCCCGUGUUACCAAUACAAACUAUCGACGCGCGUAUCUGAAUUUGAAUGAGCGGUUCUCCCAGACCUGGUUGAACCGGUACACUGUGGUUUUGGUGCUGAUGAUCUUCAAGCUGCUUCUUUUCCGGAUCUCGCUCAACAACUCGCUUACCCAGGCAAAAGAAGAAACCUACAGUACUUGUUCCAAGGCAGAGACUUACGCGUCAUCUCUUACGAGUAUGCCCCAUUACAUUUCCAAGGGAGCCAACAUCCUAAUAGCAAAAGGCCUAACUGAAACAAAUAAAGGUUUCAUGGAGAUGCUAGACAUAAUUUUAACUGGAUCCAAGAAUCUCAUAGUUUUUGCUCUUGAAAUGACUAUUGGAACCUAUGUGUGUGUUUUGACUGCAACUGUUGACGCGACUGCGUACGCCGCAUUGAAUGCUACCGAAAGCGUGAUUUCGGUUGCAAACGAUACUGUGAAAGGGUUGGCCGAGGAGAUCCAGGACGGGCUCGACGACGUUUCCAAAGUGGUCAACGCUCUGGUUAGUGCGUACGAGAAGGUUAAGGAUUUUUUCGAAGACGAUGAUGACGGAGACGAUGUCAAUAAUAGCAUUGACAAGGUGAAUUUAACAAUUGCGUCUUUGAAAAAAUGGCAGAUCCCAUCGUCGAUCAACACAAAACUAGACACCCUGGCUAAAGAGGUUCCCAACUUUGACGACGUAAUGAACUACACCGAGAGCCUGAUAAAUGAACCGUUUGAUUACUUGAAGAACAAAGUUGCCGAACAAGUUGAUCUCGAAUUCGAUCCCCAGGAGCUUUCAGUCCCUGAUAAGCAAACAAUGACAUUUUGCUCCAAUAGCGGCAUCGACAAGUUCUAUGAAGACCUAGCCAACAUUCUGCACAAAGCAUCGAUUGUGAUGUUUGUUAUUCUCCUUGUGAUGGCAUUAACCUUUGUGCUUGUGGAAGCAUUUAUGGAAAAAAGACAAUGGAACCGAAUUAACGAGAUUAGCGAAAACGUUCAGCAGGUGGAGGCGACCUCAGCGUCAGAAUACAAGGGUGGACUGGCCGUCGAGCUCGUGGAAAUGGUGCGCAAUCGAUACAGUUUCCUAAUUGGGCAAAAACUGGGGGACGCGGUAUUUGGCCCGAGUGUUGCACGACUCAACAGGUUCAAGUGGGUAGUUAGCUACAUCUUCAGCGACCGAGCGUCUAUGGUGUUGCUGCUCGGGCUUGCUGGUAUUCUGACUUUUAUUCUUCAAACUGUUUUGUUGGCACUAAUUUCAGGGCACGAUUCAAACACGUUAGAGUCGAGUUUCAAGAGCAUUUCUCACAAAGUGACCACCCAAGUCAACGAUUCCAUGACCGAAUGGGCCAAAGACACUAAUAUUUACAUUUCUGAUCAGGAAGACUCCAUAAAUGACAGCUGUCUCGGCUGGAUUCACAAUACGACGGGUACUUUGAAUUCUACACUGAGUGAAUUUAUCGAUGAGAUGAACUCCAAGAUAUCUGACAUUUUCGGGGAUACGCCAUUAUACGACUAUGUCAGUGGAAUUGUGGGGUGUACAGUGACAAGAAAAUUGGAGAAGGUCGAAGAGGCAAUGUCCUGGUUGAAUGAACACUCUCAAGUGUCGCUUCCCAGGAUCGAUCCCAGCGAUUUCAACACAACAGACUCUAGUGACUCGGGAACCAUUGACUCCUAUCUCCACAAGACCAAAGAAGCACUAACUGAAACCAAAGACCUGCUGGUCCGAAAAUACAGAUCAGCCCUGAGAAUUGAGCUGUAUAUUUCGCUGGUUCUUCUUGGACUAUGGUUGCUGAUGGUAUUGGUGGCAUUAAUACUGUCGUAUUUCAAAGAACGAAAAGAGCACGCCGAAUCCGAAAAACAGGUUGCAAUAGAACACAUUGGUACUAUGUCAGAAUCCGAUCCAGACACUGUCUUUGGGUCUCCGGAAUCAAGUGACUCGUUCAUCUCGUCAGAAAAACCAAAGUUCAAUAAUUUGGGCCUCGAUCCAAGCGAUUAUUUUUCCGGGCCAGGCAAUAUCAACCAAACGUUGCACCAGUUACUUACCAAACUACGAGGCAGAAAUGACAGCGAAAGUACACAUAGUCUGGAUUCCUUGGAAACAGUGGUCACCUUCCACUCGGAAACCUUACUCGAACCGUUUGGCCAGUCGUCUGGCUCAUUCGCCGACUCUACGAUCGAAACAGCUCAUCGCUGGCAACCUUGA